AUGGAUCAGACUGAGUAUGUUGAGGCCCAGAAUAUGGUUCAGCGUAAAGUUCCCAGGCUUAUCCAGCACUGCUUGAGAGGUCCCAACACGUACGAGGAUGCUGCAGCUUACAUCCAAGCACAAUUCGAGAGUAAAAACCGUUCGCCAAACAAGGAGAUUUACUGUCACAUGACUUGUGCGACGGACACGAACAACAUCCAGGUGGUAUUCGACGCCGUCACCGACAUCAUCAUUGCCAACAACCUUCGAGGCUGCGGCUUAUACUGACCCCCCCCUCCCUCUCCCAUUCUGUAUAGCAAGCAACUUAUUUGGAAACAAUCACACCGAGAGGAAAAUAAAAUAAAAUAUUUGAAAAAAAAAAGGCAAAAACAAAAUACGAGUCUCUCACACACACACACGCACACACACGCACACACACAAUAUUAAUGAAUCAUGCAAGUUGGUAAAUAAAAAGGCAUAAUGAAAAAUUAUAUAUAUAUAUAUAUAUGAAAACACAUUUUUUUUUAAGUUUGCCUCAAAGAGCUGUGGACAGAACUGAUACCCCCCUGACAAGUUUUCAGCCCUACCUGACAAUAACAAACAAUUAAAUUUAAAUAUUUGGCUUCCUGAACAUGCCAAGAAAA